CAGUGUGUAUGCAGCACCUCCCUCACCAGUGCUGCUCAGAAGCUAAGCCCUGACCUGAACCUGGCCUGUACCAGUGGAACUAAUUGUAUCACAGCUUUUGGGGAGAAUGACAGUGAGCCGACUGGUGUCAGCAGCUUCUCCUCCAAGCGGGAGCCUCAUUGUGUUCUAUCAGCUCCCAGGCUGGUGCUGCCCAAGCUGACCCCUCUGAUGGUCCAGGGACAGAGGCUGAGAGGGCAGUACUAGCCCCUGUCCAGGAAACAGCUGGAAUGGCAGCUCAGCCUCAACGCUGGGGCUAAGGAGGUCCAGAGAGAGCAAGCCAGGAUCACACGUCAAUCACACUUUAUUUUAAAACUAUUUUCACUGAAAAGCUCUACAACGAUGCACUAACUAACUAUCCUUUCAUCACGUUUGGUUUCUGAAUCAUGGAAUGUUUGUUGAUUCUCCCUUGACCCACUGGAGGCUGGGCUUGAGAUCCAGCAGCUGUGUAAGGGUCACUCCUGGUUGGUUGACAUCCAUCUGUUCACCAGUCAAUGGAGUCCAGCCUUUCUGGAGACCAUGAUGGGCAUGCCUGCCUUACACCACGAGGAACACAUUCAGAAGGUGCGCUCCUGGACUGACAGGGUGCGCACAGUGCCCCCGUCUCUCACCACCUUCAACAAGCUGCUCAUCGUCAACUGCUCCCACAUCCAGGAGAAGAUAGGGCCUCUGUUGAACUCCAUAGAGGAGGAUGUGUUGACUCUGUUGAUUGAGGAGCUGAAGCUGCGCUCAGAGAACUUGAUAUUAGAACUGAAGAGAGCUGUGGAAGGUCUUAGGCUGGAACCCACAGACUUCAACGACUUCACCCACUAUGCCAGCAUGGUGAAACACUGUGUGAAAAUGUCUGAUGACAUGCAACAACAAAUGGAGCACCUACACUCGCUCCAGGAAACCGUUCGCACCAACUACAGACAGAUGACACCAGAUGAGCUGUUAUUGGAGGAACAGAUGGGAGCAGAGACAGUGUGCCAGCGUCUUCCCUCAAUGGCUGACACCCUGGACAACACCUUCUUCUCCCUGGCCCACGGCCUGGAAAAGAUAGUGACCAAAGCCACCUCUGGACCAUAUCUGGACCCCACUCAGAAUGCAGUGCAGAUGCUCAACAAGCUCAAGAUCAUGUGCAGACAGGUGUAUGCUGUCUCUGCUCGCCUGACAGAGCUCAGCAGUACCAGUAAAAGUCUCAGAGGUGAAAUGAGAGAGGGACUGAGGGAGGGUGCCUGCCCUGUGGUUACAUUGCUCCUUCCUCACUCUCUUAUCUGUGUCCCCUCUGUAGGAAACCCUCUGGAUUUGACUUUUGUAACAGAAGCCAGGCAGAAGAUGGAAGCUCGCAAAGGGCUGUGGGAGCUGAUUUUUUAUUUAUUUUUAUUUUAUUUCACCUUUAUUUAACCAGGUAAACCAGUUGAGAACAA